CCCGUACCAAUGUACGCUCCUCACUCUGAACCUCACUACACAAGCUAUCAACCACAACAAUUACCACUAGGAAGUGUUCCUAAUGCUGGGGUACAGUUGCCUCUCAAUAUUGACGUCAACCAAUAUCCAGACAUGACAACGUUGGUGAACUCUAAUUCUAAUAUAGUUGUUCCUUUGGUUGAAAGUCAGUUUGUUGACCACAAGGUAUGUUGCGUAUGUGGAAAGAGAAUUACCAGAGAUAUGUCCAGACAUAUGAGAACACAUCAAAGUGAAUCCAGAUUUACUUGUAAGUUUCCAAAGAAUCAAUGCCGUCAUAAACUGGGAAAGUUUAACAGACCAUACGAUUUCAAGAAACAUCUUCUCAACAGACAUUUCAAGUUUGACAACAUAGCCAUCAAGAGAUUACAUAACUUAAGCGACAAGCUCGAUCACUGGGGUACCUGUCCUUGUGGAUUAAGGUAUAUGGGUAAGGAUUGGCUAGACGAUCAUAUUCUUACCGAUGAUGCUUCCAAGAAGUGCCCAUGUGUCGAGUAA